AGCGUCAGAGGUGCCUGCCAGGCUGCCCGUCCUGCCGUCAUGCCCGUCCGUCUCCCGUGUUUUUUUUUGAAUUUGCUCUUUGAUGUCUUCCAAUGCGCCUGCCCCGCCGCAGCAGCAGGCGGUGCAACCUCCGCCGCCGCCGCCGCCACCUGACAGCGAUGCCGUCGGCUCUCUCUUCUCGCAGUUCACCGCGAAUCCCUACUUCAAUGCCGUAGGUGCUCUCUUCCUUGCGCCUACCUCGCGCCGCCCUGACGACCGACGUUCAGGGCUUCGGUCUAGCAGCUCUCGCCAGUGCUGCACGUUUGGGGCAGCAAGGCCUCAAACGAGGCGCCCACCAGUUCCGUCGCCGCAUGCUGGUCGAGCUUGAGGUCACUCACCAUGACGACUCGUAUCCAUGGGUGCUCAAUUGGAUGAGCAAUUACCACAGAUCCCAGGUGGCCGCAGCCGAGUCGGGCGCAGAGUAUGUGCGCCAAAAUAGUCGCCUUCCUUCGAAGAGCGGUGGGCUCACCCUUCCUUCAGCAAAGCACAAUCGCAAGGUCUAGUCGCG